CGCUGACCUGCUUUCACGCCUGUAAGCUUGAGAGUAUUACUUCAAAGCAGCUCUCACAUUUUCACCCACUUUAAGAGCGACCAUUUUGCUCUGAGGGGGGUUUGUUAUUCAAGACCCACUCUGUGGCCAACUUAGGCAUGGAUCGACCGUGCAGUAUAAUCGUUGUUCUUUUACUCACAGGUGCUUUGAUCAGUAACACUCUUCAAGAGAAAAGCCUCAACGUCCAGUUGGAACCAAAGCAGAUUCAAGUUUGUGAAGGAGCUUCAGUCGCAAUCAACUGCACUUUUCAGCCGAGUGGAAUGUACAAAGUGAGAUGGUACUAUAGCCAGACACCUAUUUUAGACUGUAGAUCAGCUUACAAGAUACCUGAAGGACAGCGUUUUUUAAGAGAGAAAAAUGAAGACUGGUCAACACUCAGCAUUACUUUUAUCAAAGCCAAUGAGAGUGGAUGGUACUUCUGCGAGGUUACACAAGAUAUUCCAACUCUCAUACAAAGCUGCAGUAAUGGGAUACAAGUUAUAGUCGAUGCACCCAGCACCAGCACCAGCACCAGAAACAGCACCAGAACCACAGAAUCUCAGAAUUGGACGCAAAUUCAGACCACAGGAGAUUUACCUACAACUUGCACGCCCAAUGUUACAACAAUCCCCUCAACAUCCUCGACAUUUCCUCCGUGGUGGAUAUGGCUAGCGUUGGCAGUUGGAUGCUUAGUACUUCUCGUGUUAAUUGUUGUCAUAUGGAUCAUGUCACGCAUACCUAAAGUGUGGAGGACAUAAGCAUCAUAAAGCAUUACAAUGUAACAGCACCAUGACAAUGUUCAAAGAUUGUAUAUAACUUUACUCAAGCAACUCUCAAGUCAAUACACAUAAUGCUAAAGCCUUGUGGUUCUGAAUAUUUACAGCCUAUAAUCAAAUGUCUUUCUAUAAACUGAUGCAGGAAUCAAUAUUAUUUCUUGCUGUAAUCAAAAUUAUGCCACAGCAAUGCUUUAAAAGUCACACAGACUGACUAAGAAACAACAACGCAUGCUCAGGAGUCUUUGUACAAGGUCAGACAUUUCCUGGGUCGCAAACUAAGCGCUGAAUGAGUGUGGGUGGUAUGUGGUUAAGAGCUAUGAGAGUGCGCUCCAGUUGAUGACGAUUAAACUGCUUCUCAUUGUCUGUGGUUAGACUCGAGCAGAUGGGUGCUGCAUGCACAGAAAACCGUUUUCCUCCAGAACCUCAGUGUGGCCUGUGCUUUGUCCUGUUAACCAUUUGAUACAACACAACAGUAAUGUUAUGUGUUUUUAGAGACCAUUUAUGAGAACACCAAACCAAUGGGCUCGAGCUACUGGAGGCGAAACCGGACUAAGAUGGACAUCUGCGACGUGCCUGCGUCCAAAAAAACUGACACCAUUAAACCGCUAAGGAAGUACGACACCCUUUCAAGCAACAGAAUCCGAAGGCCAUAAGUCUUCCAUAUGAAAGAAUUAUCCUCUGAAAACUCAUUAAAUAUAUUAAAUACCUUACUGUACACACAUAUUUAAUUUUGUAAUGUAGCAUUUUCCGCUAGAUGCGAAACUGUAAAUAUAAAGCUGUUUUUUUUUUCUUCAGAAAGAGAUAGGCUACAUGAGAAAACCUGAUUUUUUUCCUUUAAUGACUUUCAAUUGUAUCAUACCGAAACAUUCUGUGGUUACAAAUAAAUGUGAAAACCACCAAAAAGAAAAAUCUUUUCCACUCACAAUUAAUAAUACAUUAUCAUUAUUGUGACAGCACAAAUAGUCCACCAUGAUUGGAUAACAAACCACAUACUGUGACAGCCGCAAAUGAGGAAAGCAAAUAAGGAAUUGAGGUGUUUCAUAGUUAUGAAUCAUUAAUUCUUAUGUAGUCAUUAAAGGAACUGGGAUUUUUCUUUGAACGCAUGUUAUAACAUAGGCCUACUGUAACUCACGUUAGUUAUUGACAUUAAUCAGAUCAGAUGCCAUCUGAAAACGAGGCUGUGAAGGAUACAGUACGCACUAUAUGGUCAUAACUUUAAACACUGUUCUAUGGUGUUUUUGUCUACUGAAAGUUUUUGAACAAUGAUGUUGUUAAACAAUAGGUGUAUCUGUUGAACGCGCUGUACUUCUAUCCCUCACAGCCUCGUAACAACAGUAGCUUUCCUCAGAUCUUGAAUAUAACUUAAAGGAAUCAAGAACUUUCAAACUGUGAACUCUAUGUGAAAAAACAAGUGCAUUCCAUGACAAAGAAUGCUGAAGUAUUUUGAACAAUAAUAAAAUUGUUUAAACUUCUGUACCGAUUUCGAUUCGAGUUCUUGCUGAGAGAGCGAUAGGGCCCGCCCACACGCUCUUUUGAUUGGCUGUAAUUUAUGAUUGAUUUUAAUGCAAUGAGAACGAGUCUGCUACUUAUGCACUUAGGGUUGUUGUUGUUGACUUUUUUUCUUUUUUCUUUUUGUCUUCAGUAUUAAAAUCAAUGUUUAAAUACGUUUACAUUUUGAUGUUGAUAAUAAUAAGGG